AUGGAGGAGCCGCUCGCAUCGCUGCUAGCAAGUUGCGAGGAGCGCGAGUUCCUGCGAGUGACCUCGACGGCGCUCAAAAUCAUCCAGAACAUCCAGAACGAAGCGAGCGAGGACAAGUUCAGGAGACUGCGCCGAACAGCCCCUUUUUGCGAGAAGCCAGGAUCGUGCCAGCUACUGGAAACACUGGGUUUCGAGCUGAGAGGAAAUCACUAUGUUCUCGACAAGACCCAAAUUCCAAAUCUCGUCUCCAAGAAGAAAGACAUUAUAGCUGCCAGAAAACGGGUCGGUACGAUCCUCGGAUGGGACGUCCCGUUUUCAAUGCUCAAAUUCACGACGGCCCUCGGGAGCUGCAAGUACGGCGAGGUGUUUGGUGGGUUUCUGGACGAGGAAGACCCUGUCGUGAUAAAGACACUCAAACCUGAUUGCGGGGAAAAGGCUCGAGAAAGCUUCGAUCGCGAACUGGAACUCCUUCCGAAAUUGGAACAUUCGAAUAUCGUUCAGUUGCAGGCCGUUACGUUGACCUCCGACCCCACCUGUAUCAUACUGGAGUUCAUUCCGACACCACUGUUGGAGGUUCUGAACCACGCCGAGCUGGGAUACAGAGAGAUAAUCGCCACUGCAACAGAGGUGGCGUCAGCCAUGGCUUAUCUGCACUCUCAGGGUGUACUGCACUGCGACCUUGGAGCCAGAAACAUAUCCAAACUCCUCUUUUUCUCUCCCUCCCUCCUUGUCCUCCUCCCUCCCUCCCUCCUUUCUCAGGCAGUUGUGUACCCUGUGGCUUUAUAGACGUUUUGUCGGGAGGACAAAGUUGUUUUAAGGGUGUGUGCCGUGCUGUAUUCAUGACCUAUCAUCUAGGCCUUAUCUCAAAAGACACCCCUUUUUAACCACUCCCUUUACAUGCAGCAGCUCUUUCGAAUACUGCCAACAACACUCUCUUGUUUACUUUUUACAUACUCUGCUGUUUGUUGCUUGUACAGUGGCACAUGAAAAAUACACCGUUGGUUGCACACUCACCACGGGCCGCCUUCUCCCUCCUUCCCUCCCUCCCCCCUCUCUCUCUCUCACUCAUCCAUUAAUAAUCGAGUAGUAGGGUGUGUACUACUGCCUUCCUCUCCCCCUCUCCCAAGAAUUAAAUUUUAAUGUACCCAACACUGCCUCUGCUCCCAUCAUUAUUCACGACUACAAAAGUUCAACUUUCCGGAACUUUCCACUGUUUUCUUUAACCCUUUCUCUACGUCCGUCUGACUGCCAACGGUGUCGCCAAAGUUUGCGACUUCGGGUUGGCACGCAGAGUUGGCCACGCCUCCUGUACUCUGACCCCUGAAGGGGUGGAGUCUCUACCCCUCCGCUGGACGGCUCCAGAGGUCUUCCAGCAGUUACAACUCACUGUGUACUCUGACCUCUGGAGUUUUGGAGUUCUCCUCUGUGAGAUGGCCACGUUUGGCUCCGUUCCCUACGCCUCGUUCAGCAACCAGACUGUGAGGUCAAAGGUUGCAGAAGGCUACCGUCACCUGCAGCCGCACAACUGCCCUGACGAACUGUACUCCCUCAUGCUCCGCUGCUGGUUGCCACGGGCAACGGAGAGACCGUGUUUCGCUGACGUCAUCCGUAAGCACCUGGAGCCGCUGAAGGUCAAGGUUCAGAAGGGGGAGCUGGUUCGGCAGAACAGCUCCACUUCAGAUGAUAGUGUUGAGGGAAAGAGAUCGACCCUGAAAUCUUCAUCGAGCAGUGUUAGCACGGCUGGAGGAGGAGGAGGAGGAGGAGGAGGGCCCAAGGUGAAAGUGAAAGAACUGUCAUACCCGCAGGUCCUGGCCAAGGGAGGCGGUCUCUUGCGAGUGGCGACUGCUCUUGUGUCUCCCUUCCACCACCGGGUGGUCGUGGUGUGCGGGAAGAAGACAACUGCGGGGGAGGUGGUGCAGGUCGCACUGGCCAAGUGCGGCAAAACCGACAUGGACGCCAAGUCUCACAGCCUCGCUCUGGUUAACCCUCAUACCACUGAUGCAGCUGCUCGCUACCUAUCCUCCGACGAGCGAGUUCUGGCAGUGAAGGCCGAAGCUCCGCCCACCGCCAUGUUCGUGUUGUGUAUCUUUACCUCGGGAACUGCCAUUCUUGAAAUCGUCAAUUCCAUCAAACAAAAUCCGUCCUAUGCAACGACCUUUGACCCCCGUACCCGUGGUUACCUGGUGACGGUGGAGGGGGGAACGGGGAAGAGGGGGAAGCAGGGGUUCGGAGGAAGCCAUCGGCGGCGCUGGUGUGUCCUCGACGGAUCCUCUCUCCUCUGCUACCAAGAGGAGGAGGAUGAAGGAGUGAAGCAGUUUGAAUCGUUUGUUGACGUGAAGAGCUGUUCCGUCUCGCCCCUCAGUGGGAAGAAGAGUAGCACAAUGGUACGUGUGGGGACAGCGGACGGAGGUCAGUUCAUAUUCUCUGCCUCUGACAAACAAGACAUGCUGCUUUGGAUCGAAGCCCUCGAGGCCGCCAGCCACCUCGACCCGUCCACCAUGUUACUCCACUCCAGAGACGGAGUAGUCGUCCACACGGGGUACCUCGACUGCCAGGAAUUCGCUCUGGAGUCGGGGGACUCCUCCCCACUCCAAUCCCCGCCCCCACUCUAUCGUCGUCUCGCCAGUACCCCGAAUUUUUCCGGAGUAUACUCCGCAGUAGACUACGGUCGUCACUGGACUGUGUUGAAGAGCUCUGGACUCGUCCAGUGUCUCGUCAGAGGUCGACCCGAAACUCUCUUCUCCCUCCUCGAUGCCGUGAAGGUCAAAGUUCACAACCCUCGAGAGGGACGAGAGGGAGGGAACUAUUUCAUUUCUCUUUUCGACAAGACGAGUCAAGUAGUCCUGCAGGCAGAGUGCCUUAGCGACCAUUUCGAUUGGGUUCUCGCCGUUGAACGCGUCCUACAGGACAAGGGGAUUCAAGACAGGCUCUGCGGUGACCGUGGCAACCAGAGCGGAUACGUGACUCUCAAACGACUGAUGAUGAUGCAAGAGAGAGGGAAGCUCGGCCAGCGAGGAAGUGUAAUGCAGCUGUACGCGAUGCCACGCCUCCUAAACACCCUCGACGACGUCUAUGACCUCCCCCAGGGGACCAAACAAGACCACACCUACGAAAACCAAAAGGAGCCGUCCCCUCCUGUUUCCCCUCAUUCCUAUGUGAAUUUCGUUCCCCCGCCCCCCAUCCCACCUCGCGGACCCGGUGCACCGCCUCUCCCUCCUAAAGGUAUAUCGUCCGCUAGUUCACCCCCCGAGGGGGAAAUUUUGAGCCCCCCAGACGAGGGGGACGAGUCAGAGGAGUACGUGGUAAUGAACCCCCAGUCACUCCCUGCGACACCCUCCAAUGCCACACAUUUCACUCCCCCUUCCCCGCUCUCGCUUCCAGCCACUCCAAUUAGUGCCCACCACCACCACCCGGGAGGGUUUCCCAGUCAACCAAUCACAAUCCCCCGACCCCGUCUCCCAGGGAAACCGACGAAACUGUUGCUACGGUCACACUCCGAGCUCUCCCCCUCACCACACACACCCUCACCAGACCACUCCCCCUCUCCCUCCUCCGGCACUCAUUCUGCGGUCCAGUCGCAGUCUCUUCCCCGUCGAACCUCCUCCACAUCCUCCUCACACCCUCACACACCCUCCUCUUCCCAUCGUCACACUUCCACCUCCUCAUCUUCCUCCCUUCAUCGCAAACAUUUGAUCUCCAAUUCGACUACAAAUGGAGGGAGUUCCUCUGGUUACAACUCUCCCGGAUCCAGCCCAGCUGCGAGCAGAUUCCAGUCAAACCGGUUCCCGAGACCGGUCGAGGGCGGCGAUGUAAUGGUGGGUGUGGCAGCGAGGAAUGCGGGAGAUUCCGGGUAUUCCAUUGGGCGAGCCACGAGUGCAUUGCGACAGCUGUCCUCAGAUGGUUACUGUUCCAGUCACUCAUCUACCGACGAAAUUGCUCAGAAGCUGCCUCGAGGGUGGAGGAAAGGCUACUGCGACUCCAAACCGUUCUUUGUCAACACCGAGACAGGCUCCACUAUGUGGAGUUUGGCCGAGGUCGUGGCAUCCAGCAGUGGGCAGGAAAAAUCAGAGAAGAGGAGCAAGCAGCCAGGCUCGAAAUGGCAGGUGGUGACACUAGAAGACGGCCAAGUCUACUAUUAUCACGAGGAUACCAGACAAACUACCUGGAAUGUACAGGACACAUUCUCAUGAUUCCAUUCUCCCAUUCCCAUUCCACAUCCCUUACUACAAUGUAUAAUAGACUAUUAUUAUAAUAUUGCCGUUUUGUAAUGUCCUGUUCCAAUGUCCUGUUCCAAUGUCCUGUUCCAAUGUCCUGUUCCAAUUGUGUAAUAAAAACAGUGUGCAUAAUUAUGUCGGUGUAUACAGUACAAUAUUAUUUUU